AUGAAGCACCUUACUAACAAAGACUCAGAGGUCCGUAGGGACCUCGUCACUGCAACAGCCGCUAUUGCCGGCAUGGCAACAAUCACCUUCGGGAUCGUCGCGAACCUGCCCGUCGCCAUUGCCCCCGGAAUGGGCCUCAACGCAUACUUCACAUUCCAGGUCGUCGGUGCAAACGGCAGUGGCAUUGUUCCCUAUCGCACUGCCUUGACUGCCAUAUUCAUGGAGGGAAUCAUCUUCAUCAUCCUUGCACUUACCGGAAUGCGGCAAUGGCUCGUGAAGCUCAUCCCAUCGACCCUCAAGACUGCGACUGGCGUCGGUAUUGGUUUGUUCUUGACAGAGAUUGGCCUAUCGUACUCAGCAGGAAUCGGAGCCAUCACAGGCGGUUGGAUCUCGACUCCGCUUACACUUGGCGGAUGCCCUAUGGAGCUCAUCAACUACAAGACGGGCAUGUGUGAAAGCGGCAAGAUGUCCAAUCCAACGCUUUGGGUGGGAAUCUUCUGUGGAGGCAUGGUCGCGGCCGUCCUGAUGGCAUUCCGCAUCAACUACAGCCUCAUCAUCGGAAUGUCUCUCGUCUCUAUUCUCUCAUGGCCGCGUAACACAUCCAUCACAUACUUCCCUGACAAUGACGACGGCAACUCUCGCUUCGAGUUCUUCAAACAAGUCGUCGUGUGGCAGCCGAUGACCAGGACUCUCAACCAGCUCGAUUGGACCUUUGAGGGAGUUAACACCUCCCAAUUCAUCCUCGCCCUAUUCACGUUUCUCUACGUCGACAUCAUUGAUGCCACCGCCACUCUAUACUCCAUGGUCCGCUUCUGCGGCGUCGUUGACGAGAAGACGGACGAUUUCCCAAGGUCAACUCUGGCCUAUUGCACCGACGCCGCCUUCAUCUCCAUCGGCUCACUACUGGGCUCUUCGCCCAGCACAGUGUUCAUGGAGAGCAGCUCCGGCAUCUCAGAGGGAGGACGCACCGGUCUAGCAGCCAUCGUCACUGGGUUAUGCUUCAUCAUAUCCAUCUUCUUCGCCCCCAUCUUCGCAUCCGUUCCCCCUUGGGCCACGGGUUGCACGCUCAUCUUGGUUGGAUGCAUGAUGUGUCGACAAAUCGUAGCUAUAAAUUGGCGCUAUAUCGGCGACAUCGUUCCAUCCUUCGUUGUCCUGACCUUCAUCCCGUUCAGUUACAGUGUUGCCUACGGCCUCAUCGCCGGCAUCUUCGUCUACACAGUCCUCAACAGCAUCAUAUUCCUCAUCGUGUACGUUUCAGGACACGAGCUCAAGCCUCGCGAGCACGACAUGAAGGAAUACUGGUCCUGGAAGACCACCGGCAAGGCCCCAUGGUUCCUGCGCAUCUACCGCCGCGCCCGCUACGGCGCAGAUUACAGCGAGGAGCAGGAGGCGGACGAAGAGCCCGUCGUCGGCCCCAUCUCCAUGCUCGAGUCCGUGGGUGAAUCCUCGUCCAAGGAUGACGGUAGCCAUCAUCAUGGGGUCGCGCAGCCUCCCCAGGUCCAUUCUUCGCCCCCCAUCGGUGGCAGAGAGAUGUUUUGA